AUGGACAGAACCAAAAAAUCCGAAAGUACUUCUGAGAGUUCUUUUCAAAAAUGCCAGAAAAAACUAUACAAAGAAGCUCAAAAACAGGAAGUGAUUCAGGAGACAAAUGCCACUCGACAAUUUCGCACUCUU